AUGUCUCGAGAUCGGUUCCGGAGUCGCGGCGGUGGCGGAGGCGGCUUUCACCGGCGCGGAGGAGGUGGCGGCCGCGGGGGCCUCCACGACUUCCGUUCCCCGCCGCCCGGCAUGGGCCUCAAUCAGAACCGCGGACCCAUGGGGCCUGGCCCGGGCCAAGGUGGCCCUAAGCCCCCUAUCCCACCACCGCCUCCGCAUCAAGUACAGCAGCAGCAACAACAGCAGCAGCAGCAACAGCAGCAGCAGGCACCGUCGCAGCAGCCUCCGCCACAGCAGCAGCCACCGCCACCGCCGCAUCAGCAGCCGCAUCAACAACCACAUCAGCCGCCACCGCCGCCACAGGAUUCUUCUAAGCCUGUCGUUCCUCAGGGAUCUGGCCCGGCGCCUGGCGUAGGCAGCGCUCCACCGGCCUCCGGCUCCGCGCCUCCCGCCACUCCUCCGACCUCUGGGGCCCCUACAGGGCCGGGUCCUACUCCCACGCCACCGCCGGCAGUCACUUCGGCCCCACCCGGGCCGCCUCCACCCACGCCGCCGAGCAGUGGGGUCCCAACCACUCCUCCUCAGACCGGAGGCCCGCCACCUCCCCCCGCAGGGGUUCCAGGCCCUGGGCCCAAGCAGGGCCCAGGCCCAGGCGGCCCCAAAGGUGGCAAAAUGCCAGGUGGGCCGAAGCCCAGUGGUGGUCCGGGCCUAGGCGCUCCUGGCGGCCACCCCAAGCCGCCGCACCGCGGCGGUGGGGAGCCACGCGGGGGUCGGCAGCAUCACGUUCCGUAUCAUCAGCAGCAUCACCAGGGGCCCCCGCCCGGCGGACCGAGCGGCCGCAGUGAGGAGAAGAUCUCCGAUUCGGAGGGAUUUAAAGCCAAUUUAUCUCUCUUGAGGAGACCUGGAGAGAAAACUUACACACAGCGUUGUCGGUUAUUUGUUGGGAAUUUACCUGCCGAUAUCACAGAGGAUGAAUUCAAAAGACUUUUCGCUAAAUAUGGAGAACCAGGAGAAGUUUUUAUCAACAAAGGCAAAGGAUUCGGAUUUAUUAAACUUGAAUCUAGAGCUUUGGCUGAAAUUGCCAAAGCUGAACUUGAUGAUACCCCCAUGAGAGGUAGACAGCUUCGGGUUCGCUUUGCCACACAUGCUGCUGCCCUUUCAGUUCGCAAUCUUUCACCUUACGUUUCCAAUGAACUGUUGGAAGAAGCUUUUAGCCAGUUUGGUCCAAUUGAAAGGGCUGUUGUAAUUGUGGAUGAUCGUGGAAGAUCGACGGGGAAAGGCAUUGUUGAAUUUGCUUCUAAACCAGCAGCAAGAAAAGCAUUUGAAAGAUGCAGUGAAGGCGUUUUCCUGCUGACAACAACUCCUCGUCCAGUCAUUGUGGAACCACUUGAGCAGUUGGAUGAUGAAGAUGGUCUUCCUGAAAAACUUGCACAGAAGAACCCAAUGUAUCAAAAGGAGAGAGAAACUCCUCCUCGAUUUGCCCAGCAUGGCACAUUUGAGUAUGAAUAUUCCCAGCGCUGGAAGUCCUUGGAUGAAAUGGAAAAACAACAGAGAGAACAAGUUGAAAAAAACAUGAAAGAUGCAAAGGACAAAUUGGAAAGUGAAAUGGAAGAUGCCUAUCAUGAGCAUCAGGCAAACCUUUUGCGUCAAGAUCUGAUGAGACGUCAGGAAGAAUUAAGACGCAUGGAGGAACUUCAUAAUCAAGAAAUGCAGAAACGCAAAGAAAUGCAAUUGAGGCAAGAGGAGGAACGACGUAGAAGGGAGGAAGAGAUGAUGAUUCGCCAACGUGAGAUGGAAGAACAGAUGAGACGCCAAAGAGAGGAAAGUUACAGCCGAAUGGGCUACAUGGAUCCAAGAGAAAGAGACAUGAGAAUGGGUGGUGGAGGAGCAAUGAACAUGGGAGAUCCCUAUGGUUCAGGAGGCCAGAAAUUUCCACCUCUAGGUGGUGGUGGUGGCAUAGGUUAUGAAGCCAAUCCUGGAGUUCCCCCAGCAACUAUGAGUGGUUCCAUGAUGGGAAGUGACAUGCGUACUGAGCGCUUUGGGCAGGGAAGCUCGGGGCCUGUGGGUGGACAGGGUCCUAGAGGAAUGGGGCCUGGAACUCCAGCAGGAUAUGGUAGAGGGAGAGAAGAGUAUGAAGGCCCAAACAAAAAACCCCGGUUUUAGAUGUGAUAUCUAGGCUUUCAUUCCAGUUUGUUUUGUCUUUUUCUUGUUUAGAUACCACCUUUUAAAUUCUUGCAUUUUAGUAAGAAAGCUACCUUUUUAUGGAUGUUAGCAGUUUAUUGACCUAAUAUUUGUAAAUGGUCUGUUUAGGCAGGUAAAAUUAUGUAAUGCAGUGUUUUGAAACAGGAGAAAAAUUUUUUUUUCCUUUUUUUUUUUUUUUAACUGUAUAAUGUCCCCUCAAGUUAUGGCAGUGUACCUUGUGCCACUGAAUUUCCAAAGUGUACCGAUUUUUUUUUUUUUACUGUGCUUCAAAUAAAUAGAAAAAAUAGUUAUAAUACUGAUCUUCAA